CGACUUUUAGUCCCUAGAACCGGACUCGAGUCCGCUCCAGCUUCCAGGGGAUCAUCAAUCGCGCGCCGGUAUUACCUACCCACCUACCCACCUACCCACCUACCUACCGACCUAGCGACAAGAAGCAACAGAUAGCUCUAGAUCAUUAUAGCCAGAUUGGAAACAGAAAACAAAAGGGAACAGACCAAAAAGAUGCAGCCGUACACUUCAAACCUACCGCACCAGCUGCCGCCCGACCACGGCUAUCACCACGAUCCUCACGCGACUCCAUAUCCCCCGCGUCAUCACCAAUUGCAGCAGCAACACCAGCUCCCCUCCAUGGCCCCUCCCAGCGCGCCACCGCCGCACCAUACAAACCCAUACCAAGAUCCCACCAUGUCCGGCUCCGCGUCGUCGGUUCCUCCUCAUGCUCCCCCCGGCCCGGGUGGUUCCAGUCACGGCGAUGGAAGCGGCCACGCCGGCCAAUUACAAUCAACCCCGCCAUCCCACCAGCAGCUACACGAACGAGCGCCCUUGACGGCCGAGGAAAGGAUGCAGCAGGAGCAAAACUUGAAGCCAUACUCGGGGACCGACAGUCAGGGGAGGAUGUAUUCGCUCGAAGUUGUGCAACAACCACAACGUGCACGAAUGUGUGGUUUUGGUGAUAAGGAUCGAAGACCCAUCACGCCCCCUCCUUGUGUUAAGCUGGUUAUUAGAGAUGCGAAAACCGGGAAAGAGAUUGAUUGCAAUGAAAUCGAAUACUCAAUGUUCAUCUGCAACGUCAGCCUAUACACAGAAGACGCCCUAAAGGAAGUAAACCUCGUCCGACACACGACCUCAACGCCCUCCAUCUCGUCUACCACCCCAGCUUCGUACGCCUCUCUCGAGCAAACGACGCCCGCUUAUUCGCAUAUUCUGCCGUCGAAUCGAGAUGUGGGCUAUGGGCAUCACCAAGGGAUGCCGUACCAAGGGAACCCGGGCAUGAAUCCGUAUGAUAUGCAGACAAGUCCUUACCACGCUGGCUUUGUAAACGGUAACCCCUACGGCGCCCCCGCCCCCUCGCACUACCAAUACAACCAACCACUUCCACCCCAGCCCGGGCCUUACGGCGCCCCGCGAGGUCCUUACGACCACCCAACUCAGUAUGGCGGCAUGCACGGUGGUGUAGGCGGACCUCUGCAGCACAGGAUGUCGGUCAGCAGUACUAGUGGUCAGGGCGGACAGCAGCCUCAGGGCAUGUUCACGAGGAACCUGAUUGGAAGCCUGGUGUGCAGCGCCUUCAGGCUGACAGAUACAAACGAUAAGAUUGGGAUUUGGUUCGUGAUGCAGGACUUGAGUGUGAGGACUGAGGGUGUUUUUAGGCUCCAAUUCUCCUUCGUAAACGUUGGCCUCCCCACGCCCCUUCCUUCAGGGUCAUCCGGCUCCGGCACGGGCAUCAACCAAUCCAAGGCUCCGAUCCUCGCUUCCGUCUUCAGCGAGCCGUUCCAGGUCUUUAGCGCCAAGAAGUUCCCGGGAGUGUGCGACAGCACGGCACUCAGCAAGUGUUUUGCGACGCAGGGUAUCAAGAUACCCAUCAGAAAGGAGGGGGCGAAUAGUAAGAAUAAUGAGGAUGAUGAUGAUUAUUAAGGUGGUAGUUUUGGAUAUGGUCUAGCUUGUCAGAAAUGAGAUGGCCAUUUUGAAAGGGGGCACCGAGCAGGGUGUGGAUAAACGGUCCAACGUUGACGGGAAUAUUGGAUGCUCGACCCACACUGCCAGUCACUUUGUCAAAGCUGCCGUCCGCUACCGUCCGGCCCAACCUCGACGAAUCACGAUCAGAUACGACGAGUUUGGGAGUUACUGUG